AUGCGCCCUAACCCUGCUUCUCCGUUGAGCGUCACUGUCAUGACAACAAGGCGACGGCACCAAGCGAGAAGAUGAGAAAUAAGAUGUUUGCGUGAACCAGGAGUAGCAAACGAGGAGCGACGCUUGUGUACAGCUAUCAAGAUCCCCCCCCUCUGUUUUCCUCUCUGUCCAGUUGGAGGCGCCAUGUCUCUUUUUAAAGCCCGUGACUGGUGGUCAGCAGCUCUCGGUGAGGGGGAGGAAUUUGACCUGGGAUGCCUGUGUGUCGGAGACGUGGACAACAGCGGCACAGGCCAUGACAAGGUGGUUGUGGGCAGCUACAUGGGGAUGCUGCGGAUAUUCUCCCCUAAUGCCAAUAAGCUGAGUGAUAGCAGCCCGGCUGACGCCCAGCUCCUUGAAGUUCAGCUUCAAAACGCCAUCAUCCAGGUUGAAGUUGGCAAGUUUGUCUCGUGUUCAGAGCUCCUCCAUCUUGCUGUUCUUCACCCAAGGAAGCUGUCUGUUUACUCUGUGACAGGUACUGCGGGGAAUGUGGAACACGGAGAUCAGUACCAGCUGAAGUUAGUCUAUGAGCAUAACCUGCAAAGAACAGCCUGCAACAUGACAUACGGCACGUUUGGAGGAGUCACAGGUCACCAGUCCUUGUGCAUCCAGUCAAUGGACGGCAUGCUGAUGUUCUUUGAGCAGGACAGCUACUCCUUUGGUCGGUUCCUUCCCGGCUUUCUGCUGCCCGGUCCGCUGGCCUACAAUCCCAGAACCGACAGCUUCCUCACCGUGUCGUCCGCACGCCAGCUUGAAAGCUACAAGUAUGAGACUUUGGCUGUGGCUACAGACGCAGAGAGUCGACAGGAUUCUGACUUUCUCCCUAAAACUGGGGGCAAGAGGCUGACGCCUGACUGGACAUUUGUCCUGGGAGAACAGGCUCUGGACAUAUCAGUACCCUCCUUCUCCCAUUCCUCUUCCUCCAUCCUUGUGCUGGGCGAGAGGAACCUCUUCUGUCUCCGUGAUAACGGACAGAUCCGCUUCAUGAAGAAACUGGAAUUUAACCCUAGCUGUUUUCUACCCUAUGCCUCAGUGAAAGAUGGCACCACAAACCUGCUCCUUGGUAACCACAACAACAUGCUGCUGGUUUACCAGGACGUCACUCUGAAGUGGGCGGCCCAGCUCCCCUUCGUGCCUGUGGCUCUUCGUGUUGCCAACUUCCCGGAGCUGAAGGGAGUUGUGGUGAGUCUGAGCUCAGACGGCCAUCUUUUGAGCUCUUACAUGGGCACGGACCCCUCCUUUUUCUCAACUCCUAAAGUAGAUGCCAGAGAGGCUGAUUAUGAGCAGGUUGAUGCUGAGAUGAAGAAACUGCAGAAGUUCAUCAGAGAGGCCACAAGAUCCCAAGACAUACUUCCCAGUCCUGAUGCUGUGGAGGAGCUGUCUGUGAAGGCUACUGUGUCUUCCUGCCUGGACACACCCUCGCAAGCCCUAAUCCAAGAUAUGGAUGGUCUGCCUGUACCCUCAGUGACUGUACAGGUGAAACUUAAGGCCAGCUCUGUUCUGCUGUCGGCUAGGCUGUCCGUCUGUGUCCAGCCUCCUUUGGCAGUCUCUCAAGACCAGUUUGUUUUGGAGUCAAUGGGUGUUGGCUCAACCAAAGAAGUGGCUUUUUCAGCUUUCCUCAACGGUCCAUACCCCCCCGCUGAUCUGACUGGAGACAUCGUUGUGUCUUAUAGCUCGCCAACAGAGCUUAAUCCCAAAGGAGUUCCCAGGGUUCUCCAGUCCAGGUUCAGUCUUCCUCUGGCACUGGUGUGUGUGCUUUCAUCUCCAGCCAAAACCACCAAGUUUAAGAUCACUGUGGACACCAACCAGCCACCAGUCGACCUCAACGCCAUCUUUAGAGAGUUUUCAGCGAAAACAGAAGAUAAGGAUGGGAACAGUUUGACGUUUCAGUUUCUGUCAGGAGCCAAAGUUACUGUGCUGGCCUCCAAGACCUCCCAGCGUUACCGCAUUCAGAGCGACAGUUUUGAAGACAUGUGGCUGGUGGUGAAGGAACUUGUCCAGAGGUUUGAUCAACAUUUCUCCAAGCUGGGAAUCAAAGACUUCAAGAAGAGUUUCAGUGGUCCUAUGCCGCUUCAAGAGUACUUCCUGUCUGUAGACAAUCACUUUCAGCUGCGUGUCGGUGCUCAGCAGUAUCAGGAUCUGUUGUCAGAGCGAGCCAUCCAGUUCAGAGCCAUCCAGCGGCGUCUGCUGACCCGAUUCAAAGACAAGACCCCGGCACCGCUGCAGAACCUGGACACACUGCUGGACGCCACUUAUAACCAGGUCAUUGCUUUGGCCGAGGCUGCAGAGGAGAACCGAGCGCUACUGGAGCAGGCUUUUGUCCGUCUGCGGAGCUCCACUCACCUGCUUGUGCUGCUGCUGUCCCUAUGGCAGGGCCUGACGCCCGAUCAGACCGCCAUACUGGAAGCCACCUUGCUGCCGCUGCUGCAGGACACACCACAGCUGGGCUGGGAGGAGAGCUGUGAUGCAGCGGUCUCACACCUUCUGCGGAGUUGCUUGUCACGGAGCCCCAAGGACCAGGCCACAUCUCUGGCCCAGACAGGCGGCCCCGUGCUGGGCCUUCCCCAGGACACCAGCCGCCUCAAAAAACACAUAGCCCUGCUUUGUGAUCGCAUUGGCAAAGGAGGCCGGCUCACCCUGGCUUCUGAUGCUAAUGCCCAGAUCCCUGCCCAGAUCCAGAAUCUUGCUGCUCCCGGAGGCGUUGAGCCAAUAGCAGAGGUUUUUGGUGAUGGGGAGGAGAUGGACACUCCUCAAGAAAUGAGCAAAUACAUCAAGAAGAAACCAUCUAAGAAAGUCAAGAAAGAGAAAGACCCCAAAGAGAAGAAAGACGUGUCGAGAGAGCCUUCUGAGUCAGCUGUGAAAGAGGAGGCAGGAGUUCCGGAGGAGCCCAUCAAGGAGGCGAAAAGAGAGAAGAAGGAGUCGUCCAAGGACAAAAAAGAGUCAAAGAAGGAUUCCAGCAAGGAGCCCAAAGAGCCAAAGGACGAGGCAAAGAAGAAGGAGUCGUCUUCUUCCAAGGAAAAGAAGGAGAAGAAGGAGAAGGACAAAGAGAAGGAAGGAAAGGAGUCUGGGGACAAAAAGGUGUCCAGGAAGUCUUCUGUAAAAGUGAAAGACAAGAAGAAGGAGCCGGAGGCUGGAGAGAGCUGAAGGGAGCAAUGCAAUAAGCUUUCUUUAUAUGCAUUCAGCAGCAGACCUAAACUAAACACAUCUAUUAAUCUUCCAUGCACAUCCGCAUCCCGCUCAUAAAUGUGUGUACAUGUUUGUAUACUGUUUACAUCUGAGCAUAAACAGGGUAAUUAACACGUCUACAUUUUUAUAUACAGUCUAAAUAUGCAUUUAGUUGUAAAUAUACUCUGUCAGGGUCGCAUUUCUCAGUGGCAGAACCAUUUCCUCCCAGAUGCUUUCACACAACCACGCUGAUCCGCUGCUCCUCCGCUGAAUCCACCGCACGGAGCCGUCCACUGACUCUCUUUUCCAACUGUGGUGAGGAGCGAGGAUGAAGGCCAAAUCCUCCUCUUCGUCCUCGCGCUUUUUGCUGACUGGCUCCGUCCUCGCCGUCGUCUUCGUCUUGCCUCAGCAGCUGUUCAACCCGCAGCACCAAUCCCAGCAAGGGCCCCAAACCAGCUCACACCCACGCACACUUUUGGAUGUCCCUUCAGAGCCGCCGCCCCCCCCUCGCUGCCUUGCGUGGUUCGAAGGUUCGCCGGAGCCUUCGCCGCCUUUCCACCAGGAAUAAAAGUCGCCUGGCUCGUCCCGCCAACCCCGCUGCUUCCGGGUAAAUCAUGGCUACAUCCCACAGCCGCCAUGGCCGCCACCACCGCCGCCGCCGCUGCUGCUGCUGCUGCUGCUGCUGCUGCCACAGUCUGACCUUCGCUGCUUUUUUUGAGUUUGAUUCCUGGGACGCUGAAGAAAGACGCGGUGGCACAUGGACACACACUCGUCCUCUCUGAGCCCCAACCUUACACGGUGUUUGCGCGACAGAAACCAGCAGAGCAUUUAUAGAAAGCCAGAUGCCGGAGCUGCUUUAGCCCCCCCGGGCUCCUCUGCUCAGCCGUGGUCUGAACAGCUUCAUAAAUGUCAGCUUGAAGAGAAGAAGGAUGCAACGAGAAGAGUAGACAUCUUUUAGAAGCCAAAUCCUUCUUAGAUUUUACACUAAGCUACACACGGCAGACAGUCCUGUUAAA